CUAAAUUCUGAUUACGCGCGUUUGGUUUCUUACUGCUAGCGGCGUUACGGCCAUGGCCACCCCGAAAUCUCUGCGGCUUCUCUGGUUUCCCGCGAAUCUCGCACAGAAUGGAAUCCCAACCCUAAUCCCAACCUCACUUCUCUUCGGACCUUUCUCCAUCUCCUCCUGUUGCUCAACUUUUACCUUUUUGGUUUUUCUUUUGUUUGUCUUCUCGGUUUUGGUUUUCUCUUUCCAUUCCAUACUACUGCUGCAUGGUGUCCUCUCGGUCGCAGGGUAUCGUAGGAUUGGGAAAAUCCGUCUGCGCCAUGGAAGAUGAAUAGCGGGGAUCCUUCUCCGGCGCCGACUUUCCGCCCUUUCAGGCGAAUUUCUCAGCCGAUCUCCGAUCAAAAGACGCCAUGGCAGUAUCAAAUUUUGGAUCCAGGUGGCAAGAUCAUCACGAGUUGGAACCAUGUCUUCCUUGUAUCCUGUCUGAUUGCUCUCUUCCUCGACCCCAUCUAUUUCUAUCUUCCCAAUGUUGGAGGUCCCGCUUGCUUGAGUAUGGACUUGAAUUUGGGAAUCACCGUAACGUUUUUCCGCUCGGUGGCCGAUCUUUUCUAUCUCGUGCAUAUGGUUUUGAAGUUUCGGACAGCAUUCGUUGCUCCUAGUUCUAGGAUUUUUGGAAGGGGCGAGCUUGUCAUGGAUCCACGGGAGAUUGCAUUACGGUACUUGAAGUCGGAUUUUGUGAUUGAUCUUGCGGCAACACUCCCCCUUCCGCAGAUGGUCAUCUGGUUUAUUCUGCCAGCAAUCAGGCAAUCCUCUACUGAUCAUGCUAACAACACACUCUCUCUGAUUGUUCUCCUUCAGUAUGUCCCUAGAUUAUUUCUCAUUUUCCCUUUGAAUCGUCGGAUCAUUAAAAAUACUGGGGUUGUUGCUAACACUGCUUGGGUAGGAGCUGCAUACAAUCUUCUCCUCUAUAUGCUGGCCAGUCAUGUUCUAGGAGCUUCGUGGUAUGUAUUGUCCAUUGAACGACAGCAUACCUGCUGGAGAUCAGAGUGUCAGAAAGAGGAGACUGCCAUGCUAGUUCCCUGUAAUCCUGUUUUUCUGGAUUGUAGAAGUUUAGAAGAGGAGGAUCGAAAAACUUGGCUGAAUAUAACUCGUGUUGUCGCUAGAUGCGAUAUUUCAAAUAGUAAUAUCCAGUUUAAGUAUGGAAUAUUUUCUGAUGCUUUAACCAAUGAUGUUGUUCAAUCAAGGUUUUUGGAGAGGUAUUUAUAUUGCCUUUGGUGGGGUUUGAAAAAUUUAAGUUCAUAUGGGCAAAACUUGGAUUCGAGCACAUAUAUUGGUGAGACAUCAUUUUGCAUUCUAAUAUGCAUUGUGGGUCUAGUUCUGUUCUCCCACUUGAUUGGAAACAUGCAGACCUAUCUUGCUUCUAUGACGGUGAGAAUCGAAGAGUGGAGAGUAAAGCGAAGAGACACUGAAGAGUGGAUGAGGCAUCGCCAACUUCCUCUUGAUCUUCAGGAGCGGGUUCGCCGGUUUGUUCAGUAUAAAUGGCUUGCCACAAGAGGAGUGGAUGAAGAGUCUAUAUUGCAAUCUUUACCUUUAGACCUUCGUCGUGAAAUUCAAAGGCAUCUAUGUCUUGCUCUUGUUCGCCGUGUUCCUUUCUUCUCACGAAUGGAUGAUCAGCUCCUGGAUGCUAUAUGUGAGCGCCUAGUCUCAUCCUUGAGUACCGAAGACACCUAUAUUGUUCGUGAGGGUGAUCCAGUUAAUGAGAUGCUCUUCAUUAUCAGAGGGCAACUUGAGAGCUCCACAACCAAUGGAGGAAGAUCUGGAUUCUUCAAUUCUAUAACCCUCAGACCUGGUGAUUUUUGUGGUGAAGAGUUGCUGACUUGGGCUCUAAUGCCCAACUCAAGCCUGAAUCUGCCAUCCUCUACUCGAACAGUCCGAGCCCUUAGUGAAGUUGAAGCAUUUGCACUUUGUGCUGAAGACCUCAAGUUUGUAGCCAAUCAGUUUAAGCGUCUGCACAGCAAGAAGCUUCAGCAUGCUUUCAGGUACUAUUCACAUCAAUGGAGGACGUGGGGAGCAUGCUUUAUACAAGCUGCAUGGAGACGGUUCAAGAAGAGAAAGCUAGCAAAGGAGCUGUUGAUGCACGAGAGAUUGUAUAACAUGCCAAUUACAAUUCAAGAGAAUGACUAUGAUGAUGAGGUUCUGGAUCUGUACUAUGAGGAUGAUGGUACCGAAAGAUUGUCAACAGAGAAUGAAAACAUCCAGCAUCUUGGGGCCACAAUACUGGCUUCAAGGUUCGCUGCAAAUACAAGAAGAGGAGUUAAUCAGAAGAUCAAGGUGGUUGGCCCUUCUGCCUCCAGCUUAAAGAUGCCCAAGCUUUUUAAGCCAGUAGAGCCUGAUUUUUCUGAAGAGUGAUAUGUUGGGUAAGUAGUCCAAAACAUGUUCAUGAUAAAAUGGGGAAGGGAAACAAAUCAGUGGUUAGAUAGGAUCUUGUAACAUGUAUGUAUAUUUUUCUAGUGAUAAUCCAGAUACUCCAUCAUUUCUGUUCCUUU